AUGGUUGGGGUGUUAAGCGUGGCAUGUGUGGUGGCAGGUGAGGCACAACAAGAAGCUGAACUUGCUGAAGUGUCUCAAAUGAAUUCGCAUACUGCUGGAGAUGCUGGAGUUGUUCCUGCUGGUGAUAGUGAUGAUGAUGAUACUUGUAAAGCUGAGUCUACUGGUCCAGAGUGUUCUCGUAUUCCCAGUGAACCUGCAGUUCCUCGUGGUGAAUGUGUGGGAUCCACUGAAAAGAAAGGUUGCACUACCAUUACUCUUAAACCUAAAGAGAGUUGCGGUAAAGAUACUGAAACUUGUGUAUCAAAGGAAACGCAGGUAGCGGAUUCUGAUAAAGCAAACGAAAAUCAUCUAAAACCUGAACAAGAACAUAAAGAUCCCAAUGAUGCAAUCGGUUCUGCAAAUCCCAGGGGUUCUAAUUCUAACCUAGCACGUGAAGAUAGGGCUGAAGCACGUCCCGCUGGUGCUCACGGUGAACAAAAUCUUCGGGAUGCUAAACCUGGAAAAUUACCUCAUGCUGCUGCUUCCCCUGCUGCUGGGAGUCCUGCUGUACCUGUAAGUGGACCAGGAAUGGAAAGCGGGGAUAAAAGUUCGACAAAUGAAAGUACAGCUAAAGCGGAAGGUACCGAAGCACAACCUUCUUCUUCUCUUACCAAUUCAGACACCGAGCGUGACGGCGGUGAUAACGGUGCAAACAAUGGGAGUGACUCAACAAGUACCCAAGAAGGUCUGGAAAAUACAGACACCUCAACCACCACCACCACAACAACAACACCCACUUCCUCUACUUCCACCAGUACAAGUGGUCCUGGCACACAAGAGAACAAUACUUCACAGGACCAGACGCCCACCACAGAGGAUUCCCAAUCAAACAACAACACAAGUGAGACCAAUAAGUCAGAAAACACGAAUUCUGACAACGCCAAUACACCCAAUAAUGAGGAAUCAACCAUCACUACCACAACUACAACACUUCCUCCUGAACUCACAAACAACAAGAAGGGUGAUGCAGACAGCAGCAGCAGUAGUAUCAGCAGUUCUGUGUGGGUGCGUGUACCACUACUGAUUGUGGUUACACUGGCCUGUAUUCUUGUGUGCUGA